UAUAUAUGUCAUGUAUAUUAUAAACUUAAACUUGUUUUAUACGGGUUAAAUAAAGGAGUUUCCGCACCGAUGAUUGCCUCUGCCCUUUGCCUUACCCUAGUACUCUAUAGUUCUCCCCACCCGGUUUAAUAUGAAAAUAUUAUAUUAUUACUAGAAAAAUAUCGACUAUUGAGUAGUACGUCACUCGUAGAAAUAAGUUAAGAUAUGUUGUUUUUGCUCUGUUUCUAAGUCAUGUAACAAGAGAAUUAUAUGCUAUUUUGGGAAUACAAUUAAUACCUAGUACUACAUACAUAGUAUUACACAUCAAAUUUUACUAAUUCUAAGUUUAAGUAGUGCUGAUUUUGCAGAAGUCAACUUUUAUUAGUAAUGAAUUACGAGAGUUAUAAUAUAUUAAAUCGAAAAUAUUUCAUAGCACUAUACUCUCAAAUUUCGAGGGGUUGGGUUGACAACCAUUACCCUUCUUGACUUCGCCCCUGCCUUCUCAUGUCCAAGUAUUAUUGGGAGGGAGUAGUAAUAAAUUGCUCUGAUCUAUAAUUCCAUCUCUGUUCACUCCCAAACAUAACCCAGCGAGAACAGAAAAAGAAACGUAAGAGAAGAAAAGAGUAUACCAUCUCUUUAUACUCUGCUGCGAUUAGAAGAAAUGGCUAGUGAAUCGGACGCUUCCUAUAAGGAAGCAUUAUUGGAGCAGAAAGCAGAGAAAGGAUACUAUGAGAACUGCCCAGGCUGUAAGGUAGAGCAGCAGAAGCAGUUGCAGAGAGGGGUUCCCAUCAAAUUGCUGAUCCGCGUUUGGGCAAUUGUUCUCUGCUCUUCGCUUCCAAUAUCAUCUCUCUUUCCAUUCAUAUAUUUCAUGAUAAGAGAUUUCAAAAUCGCGAAGACGGAAGAAGAUAUUGGUUAUUAUGCAGGUUAUGUAGGAUCCGCAUUCAUGCUUGGAAGGGCAGUGACAUCUCUAUUUUGGGGGAUGUUAGCCGAUAAAUACGGCCGAAAACCAGUUUUUAUAUUCAGCACAAUCUCCGUGGUGAUUUUCAAUACACUUUUUGGUUUUAGCACAAACUUUUGGAUGGCAAUUAUUACUCGAUUUCUUCUGGGAAGUUUAAAUGGUUUGCUUGGACCCAUAAAAGCAUUUGCAGUAGAAGCCUUUCCAGAACGAUAUCAAUCCUUGGGACUAUCAUCGGUUAGCACAGCGUGGGGUAUGGGGUUAAUCAUUGGUCCGGCUUUGGGAGGUUUCCUUGCUCAGCCUGCAGAAAAGUAUCCUUCAUUGUUCUCAAUCGACUCAUUAUUCGGAAGAUUCCCCUACCUUUUGCCUUGCUUGUGCAUUUCCGUGUUUGCAUUAUUUGUGACCAUCAUCACAUUUUGGCUACCGGAAACUCUGCAUAAACAUGACUCUGUGAGUGUUUCAUCUCGCAACUCGUACAAGGCUUUAGAGGCUGCUUCUAAAACCUCUAAAAAUGAUGGAGGAUCCAAGGAUUCCAAGAAGAGCAUUUUCAAUAAUUGGCCCUUAAUGUCAUCUAUUAUUAUAUAUUGUGUCUUUUCCCUUCAUGAAAUGGCUUAUACCGAGAUAUUCUCAUUGUGGGCUGAGAGUCCCCGAAGACUUGGAGGCUUGAGUUAUUCUUCAGAUGAUGUUGCAGUCGUCUUAGCAAUCUCUGGGUUCGGACUUCUAGCCCUUCAAUUUAUUGUGUAUCCCUUUAUGGAAAGAACAAUUGGCUCAUUAAUGGUGUCGCGAAUCGCCGGAAUUUUGGCAAUUCCCCUGCUAGCGAGCUACCCUUACAUUGCAAUGUUAUCAGGGAUUAUCCUCACCCUAGUGUUAAAUUGUGCAUCCCUCCUGAUGAACAUGUUAUCUGUAUCAGUUCUAACCGGGCUCUACAUUCUGCAGAAUAAUGCAGUGGACCAAGAUCAAAGAGGAGUAGCCAAUGGCAUUGCGAUGGCUGGGAUGUCAAUAUUCAAAGCUUUAGGUCCUGCAGGAGCAGGAACAUUGUUUUCUUGGUCAGAAAAGCGUCAAGAUGCAACGUUCCUUCCAGGCAAUCAAAUGACAUUCUUUGUUCUCAAUGUAAUUGAUGGUAUUGGAGUAUUGCUCACGUUUAAGCCAUUUCUUGUUGAAAGACUAUCAAGCUAAUCGAUGAUCGAAGUGUAUGUGGUCACCUCUUCUUGCAUUUCUUAAUUUCCUCAACAAACCUCACAACUUGGAGGAAAUUAAUAUGUGUACAUGCAUCAAUGCAUUCAAGACUUUCAUAUAUACAUACAGGAGCAGAUCUGAUAAAGAUUGUGCUUAUUGUGGUAUUGUACAAUGCAUUUUUACGAUAUGUGUAUUGCAUAUUGAUGUUAAAAGUGAUGCAUAUUAUUCUGCGAUGAAAUAAACAGUUGCAUAUUAACGUUGAAACUUGAAAGUGUCGCAUCUAAAAAAGUUUGGUUUUAUUACCAAAAUGCCACCGUGCAUUUCUAGCUCUUAGAUCAAUUUGGCGGAUGACCAAGAUGAGUUUGUAGUUUGUAAAUUAUGAGGAGUUUGUAUUUGAUCCCAAUAUAUAUAGAUCAUGGUCACAUUCUUUUUUAACUGAUGUAUAACUUUCUCAUUUUAUUUUGUUAUUCAAG